AUGAUCAGAACGCAUGAACUUCUUGCCACAAUGGCCACAUGCAAAUCGCUUCUCGCCCAAAGCGACGCAGUUGUGCAACGGCAUCGCCGCACACAUACGGGCGAGAAGCGAUUUGCAUGUGGCCAUUGUGGCAAGAAGUUCAUGCGUUCUGAUCAUCUUACAAAACACGAGCGGACACACACCAGCAAUCGAAUGUCGAUGACUCAUCCAUUGCGGAUGAAUCACAACUGA